GCUAUCAAUGACUAAAUCACUCACGUGUAGUGAGCACAUGGAUACAUUAGUCAAGUCAGACCAUUAGGCUUGAUAGCUUACUUUACAGAUGCACAGGUUCCCUGCAGUGAAGGAAACAAUGGUGGAUCGUGCAGGAGGCCAAGCAGGGAGCUCUACUGACGCUAUUUUGGUGAAGAUGCAGCACACCACAUACAUGAAUAACAUUGAAACGUGUUUGGUGCCCCUCCUCCCUCAAGAAAUCAAAAGGAUUAUCCAAGGCAGAAACUCGUGCAUCGUUGCUAAACUCCGACAGUAUUUCCUGCUCCACACCGAACGUAUUACCCUCUCUCAUCCUGGCGAUCGAAUUUGCUCGAAUCUAAUGGAUAUCAACAAAUACCUUCAGUGUCAUGCACUGUACACGAGCAGGGCGAAAGGCAAGGCACCCGAUACUUCUGUGGUAUACUAUUUAUUCCAUGCUGAAGUACCUCAGAUUCUGCUGGAAAUGCUCCACCAAGCUUGUUACGAUUCUGACUACUUUCAAGAGCCCAAAUCUUACUGUAUACCGUACCUGGCUAUUGAGAUGCUUACUUGCUUUAUACAUCCCAGUUCUGCCACUUUUCUCUUCCUACCCAACAAACUCUUUGUUGACUCAUCUUCACGUUUGGAAUCUCUCGCUGACAUUGUUUGUGGAAGAGCUCUGAACUGGUUUAUUCGUUUUUCUGCUUCUCAUUUUUUUGGAUCUGCAUCUUUCACCCCAGAAGGCAAACAUUGGCUAUUCACUCAUCUCGACACCUACAAAGAGCUGUGUUCCAACAUGGCCAAGUGUGGCCCCUUCAUUAAAGCACAAAUCAAGCAUGGAGAUGUCUACUCAAACGAUAAAGCCAUAGUCACUCAAUUGAAAAUGUUCUGUGAAGAUGGUACGCCCAGGUACUCUGCUCGAAUAUUCGCUCAUCUCGUUAUAGGACAGUGCAUCUACACCUUUGUCAACGUUCUCCAGUACAGCCACUCCGAUUAUGCCAAGUUUUACAAGGUAUCUAACACCGUAAGAUCGGCUAACGUAUUGGGAAACUUCCAUGUGGUAAUCAAGCAAGUCAUGAGUUGGACUGACCCCACACAUUACCUCCUGCCCUAUCUGAACGGUGUCAGCCUCUGUCUGGAAAUGGAGGGAGGAUUUGAAGAGCUGCUUAUCAACGACCUCAAAGAUUGCCUCGAAAAGGACAUCUCUGUUGGCAUUCAGAGCCUGAACUAUUGGACCCACGAGCGAAAGAAGAGAACGUUUCCAUGUCGCCUUGCAUGGUUCUUGGUGCAUGCAUUUUGUUUGGAUAACAAGCUAGGCUCAGGCUGGUGUAUUCACAUCAUCUGCUGGUACCUGGAGAGAGCUGUAGAUGAGGUGGCCUUCAAGCUGAUCGAGUGCUGUGGGGCGGAGUUGAUGGACUUGGCUCACCUGGUGGAUUGGGACUACCCCACUCAAACAAAGGUGCAGAGGGUGAUCCUGGAGGCUCUACUGAGGUAUGGAGGGAUCAGUCAUCAGGACAUCCUCGGAGACAUCCACGAUGAUACCCUGAAAGACCUGUCUGAGUUAAAGGACUACUGUAUAGAGGCUGCAGUGUUCUCCAAGAAGGCUAUGUGUGAAGACAAGAUGAGUAUCGUCGUCAAGCAAAAAAGAGUUGGAGAUUCUGACAAGCUUAAGGAGGAGGGGAACGUUCACUUCAAGUCUGCUCGCUACACGGAGGCCAUUUUGAGCUACACAGAGGCCAUUGCUGUCUGUCCCCUCUCGGCUAGAACCAAGCAGGCUAUCUACUACAGUAACCGUGCCGAGUGCUACCUGCAAGCAUCUGAGUACAGGAAAGCCAUCCGUGACUGCAACAGGUCACUGUGUCUGGAUAUGUCAUUACAGAUGAAAGUUCAGCGGAGGAGGGCAAGAGCAUAUCAGAAACUAGAUCUGGACUAUGCAGCAUGGCUGGACAUGAAAUGUAUGCAAGAGGUGCUUAAGGUGAACAAGGAAGAAGCAGGCAAGGAGUUUGAAGAGGCAUUUCUAUUGCUGGAGAAGAAACUGAACAUAAUCAAAGUCGAUAUACAAUUGGAACUGUUCAGAAACUUUUGGUUCACUUGGAUGCUACCUGAACAAUACUGAAGAACUCAUGAAUAUAUUUGAUAUUUAUUUUGUCGGAGCUUAUUUAAUUAUUGCACAAAAAUCAAUGUGUAUUGUAAUUAUAUUAUGAUCACU